GCAGACGCAAAAGCAGCACAGUCUCAUGUUUCUAUCUUUAACACACCAAUCCACACUCGCACACACACACACACACGCAGACUGGCAGAAAGGGCAUGCAUGCAUACAUGCAUACAUAUGCACACACACUGGGCUUAUAUGCAUGUAGACUGUACAGACACACUCUUUCUGGCAGAAGCCAGUGGACAUCAUAAAUACAUCAAGUGUUAAUUUGCCCUAAGGAGGCAGGUUGGCUAGUCAGACCACCCUUUCCUAAGAAGAGUACAUUUUCUCUACCGUCUCAGGAUGCAUUACUGUACAAUGACCUGAGCCAAAAGCGGGAGUCUUUCCUUUUCCACACAGGGAGGAAUAUCAUAUUUUUUCGAGGGGGGAGAAUUUUUGGAAAAAAUCUGUUCAUACAUAAGUUUAAUUUUUUUUAUGAACAAGUUUGGUUCUACAAUUUUGGCAGCUGGCAUGAAUGGGAUACGGUUUUAAGCGCUACUGUUUUUUUUUUUUGUCUCGCCAAAGAAGGAAACUUGAUCCUGUUGGCAGGGAUCGGGCGGACAGGCUGAUGUAAGAGCUGGGAAAGCGAGUAUCAGAGCGGGAAUGAUCAACAUGAGAAGCCUCGCAGAGGCCCGGGAUCCACAGCAGAGCAAACCUGCACUCAGGCUGUGGAACACUGCUCUGCUCUGCCUGCUGGUUACAAUGGCCUGUUUGGUGGAAACAGCGUGGGUCUGCCCCACCCCCUGCAAGUGCAAGAGCACCGUAGUUGACUGCAGCGACUGCGAGCUGCUUUCCCUCCCUUCCAAUCUUCCCCCCAACACCAAGACCCUCCUCCUGCUCAACAACAAACUGAGCUCCCUGUCUCACAGGGCCUUCUCCAACCUUAGCUCCCUAGAGAGGCUGGAUCUGUCCAACAACUUCCUGGACAACCUGCCAGCUUCUCUGUUCAGAGACCUGGACAACCUGUCAGAGCUGGUCCUGCAUAACAACAGCAUCACCGGGCUGGACAAGGGCCUGCUCCGUAGCUGCACGGGUCUGCAGCGGCUUGACCUGUCCAUGAACGGCCUCUCCCAGGUGCCCCUGGGGCUCCUCGAUGACCUGCCAGGGGUGGAGUGGCUCUCCCUGGCCGACAACAAGCUGCAGGCCCUGGAGAGGGCGGCCUUUGAACCCUUGUCCAGCCUCCAGCUCCUGAACCUCAGUGGAAACCCCUGGGCGUGCGACUGCAACAUGAGGGAUUUCAAGCACUGGAUUGAGUGGUUCCUCUACAGAGGGGGGAGGAUUGACGGUGUGGAAUGCAUGCUACCCAAAGACCUGCGCGGCCGGGAUAUUCGCUACGUGCCCAUGGAGAUGUUCAACUACUGUGUGCAGCUGGAGGAUGAGAACGGCUCGCUGGUGCCCAGGGGGGAGGGCAGAGGGCCGCCGUGCAGCCGUGGAGGCGAAUCUCCCCCGCAGCCCUCCAAGAGACCCACUACAGAGGUGGAGGAGCUGCCGGCAGAGUGCGUGAGGCAGCGCUACCGUCCAGUGAGCGUGCGGCGAGCCAUCGGCACGGUGAUCAUAGCAGGGGUGGUGUGUAGCAUUGUAUGCAUUAUGAUGGUGGUGGCAGCUGCAUACGGCUGCAUUUAUGCCUCCCUGAUGGCCAAGUACCAGCGCGAGCUGAAAAAGAGGCAGCCGCUGAUGGGGGAGGGAGAUGGAGAGGGAGAGCAGGACGAGAAGCAGAUCUCUUCAGUGGCUUAGAGAGCCCUUCAGCUCCUUUCUCUGGUUUGUGUUGUUCUCUCUCUUUCUUUUUUUUGAUUUCUGGGUUUUGUGCUCCGUGUCCAUUCAGGAAUGAAGAAAGUUAACCUUUUGUCCCAAUCUCUUUACAUCUCCCAAAUCUCCUGGGUUAUAAGUGUGGAUUUGUGUGAGGGUGGAACAGGAGAGAAAGAAAGAAAAGAACAAAGCUGUUUCCAAGUUUCUCUUAUCCAUCUUGUUAAAACUGAUAGAGGCUUCUGUUUUUAUACAGGUCAACUGUACCUGUCUCUGAUUUGAAUGGACACCCUAUUCCUUAACUCUUAGCAAAUGGGAUUUAAAGUUGUGCUCACUGAGAGUGGCAUAAGGGAGUGAAUAUUGGAGGCUGACACAGUUGUUGAUGAAGUACACAGUCCCAUUCCUCUUUCUGUCUUGCACACAUGGAUUUUAGAGUAUAUCAAUAUUGUGAACUGAAACAGUUAAGAGAUUUAAAACUUAGCUGGACUGCGCUAAUUACAAAACAAAACUCUUGGAUCCGAACGUAACCUUGCUUGUAUCAAAGUUAUCAAUACAGAGAGGGAGCCUGCGAUGGAACACAGACAGAGAUCCUUCCCAUCCUAGUUUUCACUCCAAGUAUCAAUAUUCAACACAUUUGGAUAUUUCACUUCUAGUGAAUACAUUGGUUUACUCUCUCUGUGAAAUAUCCAAAUGUAAUGAAUAUUGAUCCUUGAAGUAAAAACUAGGCUCAGAAGGAUCUCAGUCUGUCCCAUCGCAGGAUUCCUCUCUCUAUCUGCUGUACAGAAACUCUGACAUAACAAAACUGCGGUUCUGUACAUCCCCAAUAUCCAGACACAAUGAAAUCAGACUUUUCUUGAAGUACAAUAUCUAUACCCUUAUAAAAGCUGACCAUGGUAUUUCUAUACAGUAAUUUUACAGUUUUCUCCCCCAUGCUACUCCCCGGGUUAUACAUUGCAUUUACCAUAGUCUACCGUGGUUUGUCAUGUUUUUCAAUAUGCGUCUGAUACUGCUCUGGGCUUUACAUUGCUUACCAUAAUUUUACUAUGCUUUAUCACACUUUGCUAUGCUUUUACUAUGGUAACUACUUAUGUAAUUUUAGCAAAUAUAUUACAUUCAUUUUUAUUGUCUCUACAAUUACAGUUUGUGAGUAACAUUUAUAACGUAGCAAUAAAUAAUCGGUCAUUUCUUUUCCUUGAUCAUUCCUGUCCCUCAGGCAGUGGAAAUGCAGCUUUUCUGUCUUUAUCUCUGUCUCAAUAACAAAGUGUGUCUUUUAUAAUAGACUUGGGCAAUCUGCUUUACCGUUAUGGAUUUGAAGCAACACAUUUUGAUUGAAAGGACUGCCACGUCCUGCUGACGAGUGGGAGCCACAAAGCUAUUCUCGGAGCUGUCUCUUUUCAGUGCAGGUACAAAUCCUCAGCAAAAACAGACAGCACAAGGAAGGGGUCGUGUGGGGGCCGAAUAUGGGUGAAUUUCUUUACUGACCAGAGACUCCCAGGCUGGGCCCUACCCUACAGGGAUAAGGUAAUAAGGUGAUUGGUUGCCCGUUGUUUAGUUUAACUGAAUCCAGGCUCGACAGCUGCUUUCACAGUUAAAUAUCUUGGUUACAUCCCCAGUGCAUAACAGUGAGAGGUAUUAAUGGAUAUGGAGAUAAACCUCUCUGUGCUAUGAUGGAACCUCCCUUUGGGAAUAUGGGUCUUAAAUGCGGGAAAGAGUGCUGCCUUUAUAUCUAUAUAUCAUUUAGAGUGCCCAAUUAUUCCUCCCCCCCCCCAUCACCACAUUUAGAAUAUUUAGAUUAUCCAGCUGCAUUUGAUGCUUCAAACUUUACGUCGUGUAAAAGCCAGGUGAAGUUGACAUUUUCUGUAUCGAAUCUAAUCGUCUUUGGAAUUUGUGUGUACUGCUUGUGAUAGUUUUAAACAGCUUUUGUUUGUUUUUGUAACUAAGCUUUGUGUAACAGGAACAAAGAAAGUGUGAGACUCUCUUUGCUUUGUUUUAACUCCCAGGUCCAGACUUGGGUCUCGUCUCCAGAGUAAGUGUGCAUUUGCUCUUGAUUUGUUUUUCUCCAUAGAAGGGGAGAAGUUGCAGUUGAAGCAUUAGAAUACUGUAUUUUUGGGCAAUUCAACAGAAAUCACUUAUAAGUCAGUGACAUACACAGCCACCACAGCUGUGCAAUUUGAAAUAUCAGUAGCAUAAAAAUGUAGACCAUCAUGAUCAACAGUCACAGCACAGUGGUUCCUGUUUGUUGUGGCUGCAUCAAAACGUGGUAGAAGCCGUGUCAAGUUUAACCCUGAUGCGCUGUUGAUACAGUAUGUUUUUAUUUUCCACGCAAUUCCUUCCUUAUCCAGCAAAGGGAAGCAUAGAGCUUUAGGAAUACUGAGGUUGUAUGCUCUGUAUUAGGCUACUGCAUUCACAAAUGGUGAAUACCAUCUGCUAAAACAAUUGCUGUUGUAAAAUCCAGUUAAUGUUCUUAACAGACAUUAGGAACUAUAAAUUGUAUCAACUAGCACCGUUUUGGGGGGAUUAGCAUCCAUUUUUGACAACUAUCUAUUGCAAAAUUACUUGUUGCUUUCCUUGGUUCAGCAUUAAAUCAGUUUUUCAUGUUGGGAAUGUUAUUUUGUUCACAAGGUGCAUAACUGGUAUUAAAAGCUAGUGGUCAAGAAAGCACGACACCUCCCAGUGGAAACUAAUGACCAACCUGCAGUAGUCUGGCCCAUAAUCUGAUCUGAACUUCUUUGUUUCUGUGUACUAGCACACAGUUACUGAGAUCCUUUUCUUCCAACUGAACAACACUGCCACCCAGAGGCACUAAAGUGCAACUGUAACGAAUUUUACACCAUGCAAAAUUAAAAGCACAAUAAAUAUGCUGUGACUGCAGACUGUGCAGAAAAAAAAUCUGCAACUUAACCUAAGCUUUCAGGAGAUUGCAGUGCAUGGUAUAUAAACUGCUACUGGACUGUACACCAUACAGUAUUCCAUGACAGAUUGAAGUUAAAUGUUGCAAAAUAAUUGCCCCUGUGACUUUAAAACCAAAUGUUGUCAAGCUUAACUAGCCUAAGAUGAAAUAGGAGUAAGAAUUUCCUUGAAUUCUAAUCCAAGAGAGGUGGAUUAAAAUUUGUGGGUAACACUUUAUAUUAAGUGUCUCUAAUUGUGUAUUUACAUAGUAAUUUCUUAG